AUGAGUUCCCGAGCCAGACCAGAUGGCAAAGUCCCCGAUGACUUGACCCAUCUCAACUCUAAGAACAAAAGAGCCAAAACCUUUCCAGAGGUUCACGAUCCUAGCAAAGUUAACCCCGCUAGAAACAAAAUCCCCCGUGUUCCCAUGCCCGAUUCUACGAGCAGCAGCAGUAACAGUAACAGAACAGCAGAGUCUGGAGUGCGUGAUCACGAGCGAGGCAAGGGGAGGGGUCUGGUCUCUAUGUUAGGGAGACGGGGAGCUCAUCAGUCGGCUCGGAAUCACGCGGGAGAAGAGAUGAAUGGGGAGGAUGGGAAAGCAAAGGGAAAGAAGAAGACGAGCAGAGAUACCAAGAAGAUUAAAAAAAGUGGUGGAUUAGCGAAGCUUAUUGUGGAAGAAGGAGAAAGAAAGGAAAAGUAG